AUCGCAUUCCAAGGUCGUUACUAUCUCGACAGCUGCAAAAACGCGCUGUGGUUUGUUAUUGUUGGUUGGGAAGUUUGUAACAGUUGCGUCCGCCAAUAGCGCAGCUCCGUGACAUCCGUGGUCCACGGUCCAAUGGGCGUCGUUCUGUCUUAUGCGAAUGCGAGGCCUCGACGGACCUUGAUACGCAUGGUUACCAACUGAACGCUUCCUUUGUUCCUUCACACUACUUGCAGCUUCACAGUUCGCACAGCCUGCACCGAGCAAAGUGUACAUAUCAUCGGAACGCAGCCGCCAAAUAGCGCCAUUCUUGUGCAGAUGCGUUAAUGCUCGUUGGCAGAUGCCUUUCUACCGCAAUGAAUCCUAUAAGUGGUGCUGCUUGGGAGAUGUCAACAUGCAGAUGAAAAGAGCAGACAUUCGUUAGCUACGUUUAGAAAAGCUUUGUCCACUGGAAACAUCCCUUCAAAGCUUCUGUUCUCAUAUUUCAACGUGUGAAGCAGAUGGUACCAGUAUUGUAUUUUUUUAACAUUUUUCUUAAACAAAAUUUCACAUAAAUAUACUUUUAGAUUAGGCUGUGUAAUUUAAGCUCUCUGUAAAUAAUAUAAAAGUUUUAGUGAAUUCAGUCGAUACAAAUGUUCACAUUUUGCAAAGCAUGUUCUCACAACCAAUUAAUGCACCGUCCGGUGUUGGUCAACCUGGCACUGCAUCUUGUCCAAAUACCUCCCUUGAUUCAAACACAGCUUCUGGACCACAUAUUUCCAACUCUCGAGAGAAACCAGAGUGGCAGCAGAGAUGUGAGAAUUUCACAGACAGUUUUGUGAUGGAAAUUGAUAAUAAAUUUAACGUGUACCAUGCGCUCUUGGAAGAUAGGGAAAGAGGGGAUGGGAAGAAACCAGGUUCUACAGUCAAAUUGAUUGGCGGAGAAGUUGGCAAUGCUGUAGGGACUGUUCUUGGAAGUUUUUUUGUAAUUCCAGGUGGGAGAGUUGUUGGAGAAUUUGUUGGUGAUAAAGUAGGUGACCUUAGUCAUGGGAUAAAACGGAAGAAGUUGUCUAAGCUGAUAUACUACUACCACGAAAAUAAUAAAGUGCAGAAGACAGUAUUGAUCAAAGGUUGCUUACAGGUCUUUAGAAGCUUUGAGAGUCAAAUCUUUAGUCUGAACGGCAAAAUGGCUUGGCAGGUUUACGUCCAUAAAUUCGGCCAGGAUGCUGCACACAGAGUUAUAAACUUCUGUGCUAACGAGGAUGUUGACAGGUUCACUGAGGAUGUGAUAACAAAAGGUGUUGUGCUAGGAAAAUCGAAGAAACGGAAUCCCUAUAUUCCAAUGAAGCGUGGUCUAAUUAUGGAGUUCCAGGAGUCAAAGGUCACCUCAGAAGACAUUUUCACAAAGGCUGGUGUUGUGAAUUUUGAAAAUAAAAAGUAUUACAGAAAGAAAAAUGAAAAGAGUAAUGAGAAUAUGUAUGGGUACCGUCUUUUGUUUGAUUGGGAGACAGACAACUCAAAGGCUUUAUCUCCUGAAUUUUUCAAUAAUUAUGAAAGUGAUCCAAGACCACUCAAAAAUGAGUAUAAGCAUAUCUUUGAUGCAGAAAAUUGCAGCAAAAUAUUAGAUGAACUUAUCGCUGUGAUCUGCUGUAGAAAUGUAUACAUGCCAGAAGAAACCUUUAAACAAGUUUUAAAAGACUUACAGGAUGAGAUGGUGGAGGAAAUAAGAAAUAAUAACACCCAUACACUACAGGACGAGGAAAAGUUAGAAGACGUAAUGAAGCGGAUCAAAGAGCUAGAUCUUGACACCUAUGUGAAGGAUAGACACCAACUGCUACAAACUAUGGAGCAGGAAUUCAAACAGACAAGGACUCUCAUAGUUGAGGGGUUCGAGAGUAUGAGAACUGGCCGAAAAAGUGAGUUUGUUACUUUUAAUUUCAAAGAGCAUGUCAAGCCAUUCACAGGCAGGAAAGCGGUUUUGGGCAGAAUUCAGGAAUCGCUGCAUGCGGAGGGUGGGGACAGGAGGGUUGUCAUCUGCGGACUCGGCGGCAUGGGCAAGAGCGAACUGGCUCGGAGGUACGCCACCAAACACAGCAAGGAAUACGAUCACAUCAUGUGGAUUGAUGCUGGAAGUUCCAGCUCCUUGCAACGAUCUUUCGCUAGAUUAGCGGAAAAACUGGGUGUGAAAACUGAAAUUAAAAAACUUGGUGAACCAACUGAGCGUAUCAUCACUGACAUAGUGAGCGACAUAUAUGAUGAAUUACGAGGUAGGAAAUGUCUUUUUGUGUUUGAUGAUGCUCAGAAAUGCAGGAACCACGAUACAACAGAUGAAGGCCUCAGAGACAUUUUACCAAGUGGAACUAUCGACGAGUUUCAUGUAAUAAUCACAUCCUGCAUGAUUUCUUGGGAUGCAUCAAUACCAAGAAUCAGUUUGAUGGUUUUUGAAGAAACGGAAACUUUAGAACUGCUGAAGGAACUGUUGGGAAAGAAAUACCAAGAGCAAGAUGCUUUGGAUAUUGGCAAGCUUUUAGGUCAUUAUCCUUUGGCACUGAAAAUAGUAUCUUCUUACAUUAACGAUCAGGACAUCACUAUUUGUAAAUUCAUAGCAGAAUAUAAACAAAAAAAAAUAGACAUUCUUAAAUUGAAGUUUCCCGAUAGCAGCAUGGACAAUAAUAAAAAUACUAUUUUGACUACAUUUCAAUUAACACUGGAUAAGAUUUCACAACAAGGUGAUACAGAAGCUGUUGCCCUCUUGAAAAUUUUGGCUUAUUUGAAUCCGGAUAUUAUUUCUCAGCACUUGUUUUCAAAGUUUGCAGAAGAAAUAAAAGUAAGAUAUGCAAUUCAAACACUUAAGAGAUAUUCACUUAUCAGUCAGAAACCAGAUGAGCCAUUAUUGAUGAUGCACAAAUUAGUGCAAGAGGUUUUACGUGAAACUUUUAAAGAAACUGAGGAAUGUGUCCUGGAGAAAACCCUGGAUUUGUUUAGGGAGCUCAAACAUGAAGAAACCCUUGAAUAUGAGAUUGUACAACAGUUUGAAUACAUUUGGCAUUAUGCUGGUUUGUACAGGAAACUUAUAACUCGUUAUCAUAACCUUUUACAGUACCCUCUCCAUCAGGCUGCUCAACUAAGUCAAUUGGAAAUGGUUAGAUGCCUAAUCGAAAAGUGUGAUUUUGACGUCUAUCAGAGGGAUAGAACUGGCAUGACAGCUCUGUACAGGGCUAACCAGCAAAAUGAUAAUUUGGAAGUCAUUAAAUACCUGAUAGAAAAACAUGUUCAAGACUUUAAAACGAUAAAUAAAGAAGACUGGAAAACAUUAGAAAUAGCUGCUGAACAGAAUAAGACUAAAGUUUUGAAAUUCUUAAUAGACGAGAGCUGUGCAGAGCCGUAUUUAGAGAAGAACCUGCUUCUGCAUCAGGCAGCUCAGAAUGGCAGGCUGGAUGUGGUUGAACAUCUGAUAGACAAUGGUGCUGAUGUACUUUGUAAAAGAAAUGGAGUUUCUGUGUUGCACGAGGCUGUGCUCAGUGAUGUUUCUGCCAUCGUUAGCUUUGUGAUCCUUCAUAUAAAGAGAGCGUGUAAAAACAAGCCAGAAGCUGUACAAGAUUUCAUCAGUGCACAAGAUAGAGAUGGUGAUACUCCCUUCAUGUGGGCUGUCAAAGGUGGAAAAAUAAAUUCAAUAAAUGUUUUGAAGAGACUUGGUAACUCGGGCACUAGUGUAAAGAAUAAGGAAGGCAAUACCUCACUUGAUCAGGCAAACAAGGCUGCAAACGAACCAUUGUGGUAGUGUAGCCCUUUCAUUGUGCAGGUGAUAAGUCCAAAGAGUGGAUUUCUUGAUGGUAGUGGUAGAGGAUAUCGUAUAACCAAAUUCCAAACUCCAAGAAUUAGAAGGAAGUUUCCCAAUUAUACAGUAUGUAAUAUUUGACAUUCUGUAUUGACAGUUUAAAACGAGAAGUCACUAUCAUAAAUGCUAAUCAUAAUAUCCUAUUCAAAGCUCAAUUAUUUGUUUUUCCAUGCACAGUAAAUGCCAAAGGCUUGGAUUUAUUAUUCAGGUUAGAAUUUUUUACUUUUGUAUUAUUUUAGUAUGUAUUAUUACCUUUAUGUGUGUUAUUUUUAGAAUUAUGUACCUAAUAAUGUUUGAGACUCAAAUAAUAUGAGGUAACUUUAAAAAUAUAUACUGCGAAUGCAUAUCAUAGCCUACUGUGAUUUAGUGAUAAAGGAACUGAAGAUGCCAAGUAAUCAUUUUUUUUGGGAAAAGAAGUAUAAAAUUAUAAUUAGACUUUAGUAUAAUAGGUUCUUUCGUAGUUUUGUAAAAUAACAAGUUUUAAUUACUUAUUCACAACUCUAAUAUCCUUUCUAAAUAUUUUUGAAUGAUGAUGUGUAAACAUCUAACCUCGGUAACUAGCAAACUUAUGUUUCCUCAUGUUGUUCGUGUUGCAAAUAAACAUAAUACAAAGACAGGACCCAAAAUUUAACGUAGACUUCUUUACAAUAAGGCAGAACGUAAUAAACAAAACGAUAAAUAAAAUGUCGCUUUUCAAAUACCAAACUUUCUGGAUGCAAAUUACACACAUACUUUCUGCACCUGCCGCUAGAAUUCACUGCUUGAAUUGUAAAUGUUGCUUGCCACCAUCAAAAGCAGCACGAAAGAAAACGAAAUUUGAAACCAUAAAAACAGCUCUGAUAAAACCUUGGCUUCGGACAUGAUUUACGACAAGGAAUUUUAUUUUAAAAAAUACUGCCCAUCUUGUUAAAUUCACUAAACAGUUAAUACUAUAAAGUUUCUGCAUACGUAGACGAUUAUAAAUUAAACAUAAAGAAUUCAAGGAUCGUUGUAUUACUAUAUUAUAAAGUUUUAAUUUUUAUUACAUAUACAAAAUCAUCAACAUUUCCUAAUAAACAUAAUUUAUUUUAUUGUACUUAAAGUAAAAAUAAAGGAUAUAUGUCUACCUAGUAUGAAAUAAUCAGUCCAAUGGACCGAGGUAUGGAUUUAAUAUUAUUAUAGCAAUAAGAUCAACAAAUAAAAUAUAUUCAUAUAUAUUUGCUUAAAGCACAAUUUGCAUUAUCCAAUAAUCGGUUAUUAAAAAGGUAAAAAAAAACGUUUUCCAGUAACAAGGUUUGAAUCUCAUCAAAAAUUACUCCUUGAGUUCAACAGCAUGUUAUACCACUGCACUAUCAAAACAAUUGUAGUUAGAUAAUGGAAUAUGUAUUAUAAUCAUUGUAAUGCCAAAUUUCUUACUUAUUACCUGGGAUUACUUUUAACUAUGACUGUCUUAGUUUACCAUAUAUAUUCCAGAGUAGUUUAUCAUAAAGUUUAAUUUGGCACAUACGUUUGGUACGUACCCUAAAGUUUAUAAAAGUGACUGUACGGAUUUAUGUCUACAUGUGGGUCUGCCAUCUUCGUGUCACAUUUCCGUUCAUCAACUUCCAUUCCAUUUUCACAAAAUUAUUCCUACCAAAUGCAGUAUACAGAGAGCAAAGAUGUUUACACAUAAAAAAAAAUUACUGAGAUAUAACUUUUAAUUUGCAAAAAGGUUACAAUUAAUAAGUAGAAUUUUUAAAAUUGUGAUGAUUAAUUAUAUACCUAAUUUCAUGAAAAUGUUGGUAACAGUAAUUGAAUUACUUGUUAUAAAUUACUCCCCAACACUGCAAAUAAUGCAUACUAAACCUGUGUCAAAAUGACAGAGCUGUUAGCUGUUGAUAAAUCCAAAGUGUUUGUUAACUGAUAAAUAAGCAAGACACUGAAUAUGUAAUUGAAUUAGUAAUGAACUAUUAUUGAAUGAAAUAGCAGAUUUGUAUUUUUUCUUUCAAAAUGUAGUACAUAGUCUCUUUAGAAAGUGGGCUGUGUCUUAAUGGGUUUAGCCUUCACAUUUGUAAAUCAUAUUUGUGAAACUACAAUACAUUCCAAAUCAGUUAAUGCUGCAAUAACAUUUGCAUUAAAUUAUGUUACUUAAUAUUGUUGUGUAUGCAUGUUUAACUUUUGUAAUGGGCAUAAAUAAUACAGUUAAACCUCGUCAAUCCGGUCUAAUUGGCAUAAAGGCUAUCUGGACAGUCGAAAAUCCAGAUAGUCUAGGCAAUAUGGGAAAUAAGCAAAACAAAAUUGUUAACUAAGCAGACUUACCAUUUACUAUGAUAAAAAAAUCUAUGUUAUGUAACAAAACUACAUAGUACACAUGCCCUAUAUUGUUUACAAGUCAUUAAAAAUAUAAAAAUUACUUUUCACAUAAUUUCUUAACAAAGAAUAUGUCAACUUUCUUGUAUUUCAAACAUGUAUAGUAUCUGGAUAAAUCAUGUCAGGUACAGUAUCGUGUGCUAACCGUCUUUGUUUGCAUAGAUGUAGAAUGCAGUAGUCAUUUUUAUGUGAACCUAAAAAAAAGUGUACAAAUCUGAUCUGUAUUAUCUGAAGAUCCAGAUAGAGGGCCGGAUGAACGCGGUUUUACUGUACUUGUUUUUCUUAGAAUAAUUUUUUACAAUAGAUUAUAACCUUGUUUAUGCUUAAUAGAGAGAGCAUUGGUCGAGAGGUUUAUAAAAAUAUUGUAUGUUGUUAGUUUGAAUACAAAUAAAAAAUGCCAUAUCUUGUGAUAUCUUGCUCAUGUUAAGUGCUUAUUGGAAUAAGUAAAUGUAAUGUAAGUAGGAAGUACAUUUUGUUUUCUUGAAAGCUUUGAGUACUUAGAACUAUUAUGAUUAAAAAAAGAGUAACCGGGGUUUUCAGAGCUUUCUUUUAGUCCAAAAUUCAUUCUCAUUCAAGCAUUGUUGAUGGAUUAGAAUGUAAUUUUUGUGCACUCUGUUACAUAGAACAAUAUUUCCCUGUGUCUAUGUCCCAUUUAUUCUUUAAUGGAAGAUAGCGCCCGCACUGUUUGGGAACCAGUUUCUCUAUCAUUUUUGUGUGUUUGCUGUUAUUGUGUUAUUUUUUAUGUGGCUGGCUGUUGUAAAUCCCAUCAUACUGCCAGUAAUUAAGUUUUUUGAGACAAAAUAAAUUAAUAUGUAGUUUAACUUGAAUUGGAUUAAGAAAACAAAAUACUUGCUGUGAGUUAAAAUCACAAAAUGUCAAAAUACAUCUUAUUUCUUAUAUUACCUAGCCAAAAAAGUAUAACCAUUCUGGUCAAAGAUCUCAUUAAUGGAGAUACAUACAUUCUCAACAGUUGGUGCUGUAUAAAACUGCCAUGUAUUAUAGGUACAUAGUAUAUGUCUUACAUAUAGUAUAAGGUAUUAUAUAUGUUUAAUUGUUUAUUAUUUUUUACAGGAAAUGUUUUUUUUUCCUGAAUGUUUUAUGUUCUAUUUCCAUGGGAAAAGUAAUUUUUUAUGAGCUGUACAAAAUUUAUAUUAAAAAAAAUUAUUUACAGUACAACAAUAUAAAACUUUAUUAUUGAUUCAUGAUACCUACAGCUAUUACUAGAGAGAAGAUUUUAUGGUGUUAUUUUUUAGGUUCAUUUAGUCUUUAAAAAAAAAAAAAAGAUAUUUCAGUGUUGUUUUCAUUUUUGUACAUUGUAUUUAUGCAUUAAGAUAGUGUAUUGUUCAAGCGAUAUGAAAAUUAAUAUACUAUUAAUUAAUAAUUAAUGUACUAUUUAUAAUAUACUAUUAACUAUUAAUAAUUUACUAUUAAUUAACAUAAUAUUUCUCAAUACUUUCUUUAACAAAACUGUUUUUUUUACUGAUAGAUGAUGCACUUUUACAGUAAAAUAAUUUGUAAUAAGAAGAAAUAAGACAGAACUACUCAUAAAAAUGAAAAUAAAUGGGCUAUUAAUGUCUAAUCAUUCAUGUUAAAAGUGUAACUAAUAAUAGGAGCUGUAAGAUAAAAAAAAUAUAAUUUUUUUUUUGCAAUUUAGUUUUUUUUAUUUUUGUAUGCUCUUCAUCCUAAAUUAAUUAAUUUCAUUGAAAUUAUCAUGGUAAAAGAUUACAUGUUUGUAAUUUGAGAUAAGUUUUGUCACGUUGCUGAUUGAUUUCAUGUUUUUAGUUAGGUACAUUUCUGUGCUAAAUGAUGUAUUAACUUGCAUUUCAGUGUCAUAAAAAGUUUUGACAUUCAUUUUGGUGGUAUUUCAGUUUUAUCACAACUCACCAUAUAAUUUUGUUUCAAGAUAUUACCGUAUCAUCAAAUCUAUAAUUUUGUUAUUGGAUUCAAGUCUGUUGGUACCUCUAUCUGCUCCCUUCAUACUAUGAAACCUUCCCUGCACGUCUCUGAAAGAUGAUAGUGUAGAACAGCGUGUGACAUUGUAGUAACAUACAUAUAUCAUCUAUAGAAAUUGCUAUUUAUUAUUUAAUGAAAUUCAUAUAACUAUUGCAUACUUAAGUUGGUAUUUUUGUAUGUAGUUCCAACCUGCAAUUGGCUCACGUAAAAGGCUUUAAUGAGUGAAGUAGAACAACCUCAGGUUUUUCUAUGUGCUCCACUUUGUGGCAAUAAUUUAAAGGAAGUGGCUCACUAUUAAAAUACAUUCUUUUAAAAUACUUGUGAGCUGACACUGGUGAAAAUCAGCAGGUCUUCUGCAAAUAGACUGUGCUUCUUGCCACAAUAACGAGCUGCAACGUGUUUGUAACAGUUUGACGCCGUACCUCUUGUGAUAGUAAAGCCCGGUCCUCACCCCGCCCACUGGCAGAAUGCACCCUCCCAUCCAGCCCACACAAGUCAAAGAGACAAUAGUGUCAACAUGCAAGUAAAAUAUAAGUGCCAUGUGUAUUGUCCCGUUGUCACGUGUUCGUAAAUAAUUCUCAUAGGAAUUAAAGUAAAGUAAUUUCCUCCCCAUAACACCCACAAAGGAAAGUGUCCCUUGAGGGCAUCGAGAGUAAUGAACAACCCAAAUUUAUUUUGCAGCCUUUAAUUCAUAGUGCCAACAGAUUAUGUCUACUGAUGUCAAAACCGCCGGGUAGUAUUACAUGGAAUAGUCGCAGCAAGUGACAGACAUUCUUCAUUUUUACUCUGACGUCAGCCGGGGCUACGCCCCAUGAGCCUAGUCAGUCUCCGUUUCCUCAACAUUCCUCUCCCCUUCCCCGGCAUUUGUACCGCCAUGUACGUAGUCGUGUGUUUGAAUUGCGCGCCACGAACUACCACAAGAGGGCGCUUAGAAGCAGUGCGGCGAACCCUAAAAUUGCUAUGUUAAUAUUAAUUGUAAGCCUUUUUGUUGUUUUCAUCCAUCUUCGCCCCAGUGCUGUGUAGUUUACUUGUGUUUCUUUAAUUUAAAUAAGUUACCUUAAAUAACUAUAGACGUUGCCCGGGCGGACCCGAACAGGCACGGACUUGGACGAGGAUAGGAAUGCUUUUAUAUGAAUUAUCAUUAAAUAAGUAAAUAGUAACAAACUUUCCACUGUCAGUAAUUUUUAUAUAUUUUUAAUGUUUAUCUGUAAUUUACUCAACUUUCGCCGGGGCACGGAGUCGUAGAAUACAGUAACGGUAAUUGUGUUGGCGCGAAGGGCGCCAUGUUGCCACCUGCGAGCGAUGAGCUCAGCCCCAGUCGAUCUUCAUCACUGACCGAGAGCAGACGCGCCAGCACCCCGGGGACUUCAACCUUUGUUCUGCACUGACCAAGUAAUCCUGUCUCGUUAAGUAUUUCUGAAUCUCUUUCGCUCGUCAUCCUCGGGGCAGCUCUCGGUCAGCGGACUGUUUAAUUAAUUAAUUGUCUCAGUCGAGUUUCUUUCAUCACCGUGUAAUAAGUAAACUUUGCAGCAUGGCCACGUGUGAGGACCAUGCCUUCACCUAAACCGAUUCGUGCCUCAGGCUUUUUUAACCGUGUAAUGUGUAACGUGUAACGGGCGUGUAGAGAGACGUGUUAGUGAAAUUAAAUCUGGAGAAUAAAUAUAAA